GGUCCGGGAGGCGGGGCGGGCAUUCAGGCUGCCGGAGGUGAGGAGGAAAAGGAGCUGGAGAGCCGUUUCCCGCUGAGGGUGACUGCCAAAGCCAUUGUGCAUGGUGACCAUCCACCACAGCAGGAUGUCUGAUCUAGAACCAGAUAAUGGACUGCUGGUAAUGUGUGCUAAUGAGACACAGGAUCUGCUGACAACAGAAAUGAAGAAAAUGCUGCCUAAAAAGGUGCAAACCACGGAAGAAUGGCUAAGAAACUAUAGUUUAGAAUCCUUGCAAUUAACAUUAAAGCAUCUGGUGAACAAAGGCACUAUUAUUUUGGAUUCAAGGAGUGGUGCUGAGGAAAUAGAGUUGGCAGAAGAGGCUGUUACCAAUUUUGAGGCCAGAGUUUCUGAGGUGGUUGAACUUUAUCAGCAACGAAUUCAGUGGCUGUUGAAGGACAGCAGAAAGGUGUUUGGCCUUGUAAAAGGAACCAAAGUUGGACUUGUGGUUGAUGUGUCUGGUCUGAGUGACAGACCUAGACUAGAGGGUUUUCAGAAAGAUCUUUUGUUCUUAAUAGAUGAACAGCUAUGUUAUAAGAAGCAAUUGUUCUGCCUCUCAUUUGGUACAGAAACUUCAACUCUAUGGGAGAGUCCGAAAAACGUUGGUGUUCAUGUGCUAGGUGAAGCAAGACAGUGGGUACAGCAGCUGGCACCUGCAGGAGGCUGUAAUUUGCUGAAAGCCUUUAAACAUGUCCUUGCAGUGAAAGAGCUGAAUUCUCUGGUGAUUAUAAUACGAAGCUGCCCUGAUCAGUCUUUGGAAAUACUGGCAGACUAUGCUCAGCAAUGUAUGCUAGGGAGAAGACUUCUGGUUCAUGCUGUUACAUAUGAUUGUGGCAGUCCUGCUGCUAUUGCAACUGUAAAAAAGCUUGCAGAAGUUGUCAGUGGCCGUUAUCAUUGCUACUCUUCAAAGGGAGAGAAUUCUGACAGUAGUGAUGUUAAUCUGCUGCUUCAGGAAUCUCACAAGGCUAAGGACCUACUCAAGAGUAUCAAGCAGACUUUUCAAAGGCGUGUUGAUGUCUCACUUAUUAGUGGAAUAGCAGAUGUUUCCACAGAAGUUGCAAAUGCAGCAAUUCCUUGCUUCCUAUCAAAGCCUCGAAAGCAUGAAGGACCAUUAAUUAUUCAAACACCACACUGCCUGGCCAGAACUUCAACAGAAUGGUUAAAGACAAAUGGAUUGAAAGCUAAGAAGUUAAACCUUUAUCAAGUUUUGGCUCCCAAUGCUUUUUCUCCUGUGGAAGAAUUUGUGCCUAUUCUUCAAAAAACAGUAUCAUCAACUCUACAUGAGAAAGCUAUGAUGCAGUUUGAAUGGCAUGAUGGAACUGUGAAAAAUAUUCAUGUUGACCUGCCAAUAUUAUACAAGUAUCAGAAACUCCUUGCUAAAAUGGUAAGAAUCUAUGAAAAACGAAUUAACUGGCUGGCUGUUGCUAGCAGAAGAAUUUGGGGAAGUGUUUGUGAGAGGAGGGUGGUUAUACUUGUUGAUAUAUCAGUGCCAAACUCUACCUGCAUCAUCCAUAUCCAACAUUCUUUGCGACUUUUACUCGAAGAACAAAUGUCAGACAAGGAUUGCUUCAAUAUUAUAGCAUUUGGGAGCCACAUUAUGCCUUGGCAGAUGGAACUGGUUCCUUCCCAGCCUGAAAACUUACAAAAAGCUUGGAGGUGGGUAUUGAGGUUGCAGUGCAAUGGGAGUAGGAAUUUCAUGAGUGCUCUCAGAAGAGCUGUGGAAGUAGACUUCAAAGAAAAGGAUAAACACAAAUCACAAGGAAUUUACCUGCUGACUACUGGAAUACCUGAUCAAGAAACACACACAAUCAGUGCCUACGUGGCUGAGGCUUGCAGAGGUUUUAAUUUGCAGCUUCAUGUCUGUCUGUUCAGUGUAAUGGAGGAUGCUGACUCCUGUGGGAUUAUUCCAGCACGCUAUGCUACCCCAACAGAAACUGCCAUUGCUUUUAAAGAAAUAGUACAGGCUGCCAAUGGGAGAUUUCAUUGGUUUGGAGAAGCAGGUAUUUUUGAAAGUGAUGAUAUCACUGUUCUUGUAUCUGAAAUGGAAAAAGCAAAGAACUACUCCCAAAAGUGUGCGUUCUUAGUGGAAUCCUUAAAGCAACGUUCAGGAAAUCAGCCUGCUAAUCCAUUUAUAGCAGAAGCAGGUGCAACCAUGGUUGUCAGGAAAGAGAAAAGAAGGCCGCAGAAGUUGCCAUCUCCAAAACCUACAGCUCUGAGUCUGGCUAGACAGCACAUCAAAGACAAACACUGUGCGGAGAAAAACGCCUCCAGAAGAGGACCGGCGUGGCGUCCCACCAGUGCGAAAGCAGAAAUUCCACCAGUACAAACAAUAAAACAGUGGCCUCAGGCUGAGAACAGAAGAAAAUAUAAGCCAAGGAAACAGCCAGAGUGUUCUGUGUCAGUAUUUUAUACUGACAAAGGAAGAAAUGUGGGUGCAGUAUACCGAAGUUAUCCAAAGACUGUUUGCAUAAGAAAGCAUGUUCCCUCUGUCAGAUUGCCAAAAAAAGAGGAAAUCUGUUCAAGCAAGGAGUGGCUGACAAAGUACAGUAUUAAAAAGCUUAAACUGGAAUUGCCCAGACUGAUGUUUGGUCCAAGCUGCACUCACCAAAAGAAAAUUGUGGAGUCUCUGCACAAGAAAGUGUCAGCAAAGUACUGCACUAUCUUCCCUAGUGUAGAAAUCAAUGGGGUUGUGAGACAUCUGCAGGUUCAAUCUAAAGAACUGGAAAUCUACAUUGAACAAAUGGAGAAGGUGUUGCUACGCUACCUACAGAGAAUACAGUGGCUUCUGUCAGGAAGUCGAAGAUUGUUUGGUACCAUUUUAGAAGCAAAUGUCUGUGUUUUGAUUGAUACAUCUGGUUCCAUGGACCCAUAUUUGCCACAUAUCACGAAGGAACUUACCUCCCUUAUCUGGGAGCAGCUGAGAAAAAAUGAAGUCAGGUUUAACCUGCUGAGAUUUGCGGAAAAUACAGAGAGUUGGAAGGAGCAUCUUGUAGAGGCAACUGAUAAAACAUGUCACGAUGCUGUGCAGUGGGUAUCCAAAUUCCACGCUCAUGGUAAUACCUGUAUCCUUAUGGCUUUACAGAAAGCUCUCAGUUUCCAAGGUGUAGAGGCAUUGUAUAUAUUGACUGAUGGAAAACCAGAUACCAGUUGCAAUCUGAUUUUGAAAGAAAUUGAAAGAUUGAGAAAGCAACAAGAUAUUAAAAUCCACACCAUUUCUUUUAGCUGUGUAGACAGAGAAGCAAAUGAAUUUCUGAAGAAGCUUGCCUCCCAAACAGGAGGGCGCUACCACUGCAGUUUUGGAGACAUGGAUGGACAAUUAGCGGCACACCGAAUGCUGACAGAAGGAUUUGAUGAUGAGGAUGAUCCGGUUUUCCCAUACUUCGAAGGAGAUGAUUUAAAGAAACUUACUGAGGAAGUAGCAAAAGCUAGAGGUUUUUUAAAGCAGGCAAAAUCUUUGAGGCUCUUACUACAAAAAUGGAAUAUAAACCAAAAGGACAGUUCUGUUUUUAAAAACAGUGCUCAGGAUUAAAAUUUAGGCCAGCGAAGGACGUUGAAGAUGUUUGGAGUGGUACCACUAGCCUGCUUCACUUCAAUGCAUACUUUAAAGCUUCCAGCUUCAAGUUUAAAGAGGGAAGGAUGUACUCUUUUUUCUUUUUUUUUUCCUCUAAACUUCUGGCAGAGGAGAGCUUACAAAUGAUAACUGUUGCCAUCUUACUGCAUUUACAGGUUUUGCAGAACUCAAAGUAAAUCAAGGCUUGAACUCUCCAAAGUCUAAACAUAAACAGAGGAUAGUUUUAAAUGAAUAUAAAUUUUAGAGAAUGUAGUGGUUUUAUAAUGUAAUAGUAGUUGUACAAGAAUCAGAUCCCUGUUUCCCCACAGGCUGGGAAUAAUUAUUUCACCACAUCACACUAAUAAUUGCUUCAAUCAAUUGAUGGUACAUCAAAGGUGUAUUUUUUUGGUAGUUGGUUUGAGACUUAUUUGCUGGUGCUCUCAUCACUAACAGAUAUGACAGAUGGCUGUGAUACUAGAAAGAGAAUUCUUUUCUCUGGUUUUGAAUAAGAAAUCCAAGAAAUAACCCUAGUGCAGAAAACAAAGCUUGGAAUGACCUUGCUGAAAGAAAUUUGGUAAUAAUUAUUUUUACUCUUUACAUGUUAUGAUGGCAGUAGAGAAGGAUCAGAGCGAAUGAUUCAGAAAUCAUCAGGCAUGGAAAGGGAAGAUCUUGAUACUGAUUAACACCUGGUUAUGUUUGUAUAAUCACACACUGCCAAUCUUCAAAGCAAUUCUAUUAAGUUCUUGUGCACUUCCUUUUAUAGAAAGAUUAAAAAUGUUUCCAGUGCCAUUUAAGAAAAUCCAGUAUUGAGGCACAUAUUUUUCCAGUUUAUGAAAUACACAUUUUUUUUAACGAGGAACUCAGUGGUGACAGCUCAUUAGCAUUUUGUAGGUGUUUACUUUUGUCUUUCAGAGGGUUAGAAAUUCAUGGUUUUAGUACAUGUAAUUUUAAUGAAAAUUGAUCCAGACUGCAAAAUUCGGAUACCUGGUCUGAGUUUAUUCAGGAGCCAUUCACUUCUCCUGAGUGCCAACUGAUGGGAAUGAUUCAAUAAUUUGAUAUGGGAGAUAGUCUCUUUCCUUUUCCUUCUUCUGUUUUAUCUCCAUAAAAAAUUAAAACUUUUUUUUUCCAUCACAGAAGUAUCUUUUUAGUGUUGUACGCUCUGUACCAUCUUACUCCUGCCUUCCAUGUUAGCACCAGCCUACUGUGGCAGACUGCAGUUAAAAAGGCACAUUGUGCUAAGCAUCUGAGCAUCAUUUUCCAUGGUUCUUAAUAGUAUAUUUCAGUAUUUUUUCUAUGUGUUAGUAUGUGUAUCACUGCUGAGAUGCUUUGGUAUAAAAUCUUAACUGUAAAUCAAUAGGAUUAAUUGCAUUUUUAAUGGAUAUAUAUAAGUAAAAGAUGCUGAUUACUGACAAAAGGAGUGAAUUUGUUGAAAAAGUAAAUCCAGGCAGAAGAGACAAGGUUUCUGUAUUGCCAACAAGAGAUGCUUAUUUAUUCAUUGACAGAUUUAAGAAAUGUCUCAAUGCUAUGAUGUAUAUUUUGAUAUCGUUAUAGAGGUCCUUAGGAGGUACCACUGAAUGUGGUACAUUCAGUGAUAUCAUAGACUCUGUAUGAAAUAAGAAUUGAAACAUUUCAGUGUGCUGAGUUAGAUUGCAGUCUGGCAAACCUCUUAUUUACAGCCUUUUUCUUUUCUCUGUAUGGUAUUUGGUUUUUGUAGAUUUUACUCAUUUAAAACAACUCAACAAUCCAAAGUCUCGCAGACUGAUCAUAAAUGGAUCUAUGUAAUCCUGAGUUCUCUGCACUGUAUACACUAACAUUCUAAAAUUACAUGUACUAAAAACAUUGCUCAUUUGUUUGCAUUGUAUUAGUCUGGACAUAUGUUCAUAACUCCUUUUCUCUUGAAAUGCUCCCAGGUUCAGACUGUAAACUUAAAUAUGUGUAGGAAUUCAGGUAUCUUCUUUUGCUGGUGCUGUGAGCUAAGAGUUCCUGUUCAAGAAAAAUGCAACAGAAAAGGAAGGAACAGAUACUUAUAUUUAAAUUUGUGUGACCAAAGAAGAUUCAAAAAGAGUCAGAUGUUGCAGUAUGUAGCCACUGUAUUCCAUCCUUUUUAUUUCCUGAGGGUUUUCAUCCAGCCUCUUUCCAUACUUCUGAGCCGCUGCAGGUUGAUCAGUCCUGCUGCCUACUUAGAACAGCUCAAUUCUUCGAACUACAGUUUCUGUCUCCCACCUAUUGCCUACCUGGGUCAGCAAUGAUGACUAGAUUAAUCAAGUGCUCUGUUAUUGACCUUUCUGUGUUGAUUUGUCACGUAUAUGUCAUUUGCUUUCCUGGUUUAUGCUUUCUGAAUGUGAUUUACUUUAUUCAAGAUAUAAUAAAAGGAGGAGUUUAAUAAUUGACAAAGCUGCAUACUUUUCUACCAUCUUCUUUGUAAGUCAUGUAUUUUCUGUGAUUCACUAAAUAUUCUGAUUUAUGUGCAGUGAAUUAAAGUGAAUUAAACCAGUUGCUACCUUGAUGUUCUGAACCAUCUAUCAGAAGACUGCAGCAAGAAUUGGUAAUCUCUGUGUACAGAAAAUAUGCCUUCUGUUAAUAAUAGGAAUGAGAAUCUGCAUAUUUCUCUUACGGCAUGAAAUUACAGCAUCACCACAGGUAGUUUGCUGCAUAUACUUCACUUGGAAAUGGGAGAAUAGCUCUUGUGCCUAAAAAAUUGGAUUGGAGAUGAAGCCCAGCCACCAACUACAAAGGAACAGGAACAACAAAAGGACCUGAGCACACCUGAACAUCUCUGUUUGCCUGAGCACCUUGUGUUACUAAUUGUUCGGCAAGACAAGUCUCUUGUCUUUCUUGGACAGGAAGCACGGGGAGAACACUGACAUCCAGGAUUCUA